CUCACACCAUAGCUAGAGUCAAUUUACGAAGAAAGCCGACCCUUAUGGUCACCAUCAAAACCACUAAAAAACAUAAUCAGAUCCUCCGACUUCCGAGUGAAUUCUUGAUGUGGACGCAUGAGGCAAACACACUAUUGACAGUCUGAAUUGGAGAGACAUUUUCGAUCGAACUAUUGUCCGACAACGCAAGAGAGAACUUCUCUCCUAAGUAAGUGUUUUUGUUUUCGGAAGUUUCAACCUUCAGUGGCUGCCGUAUCCAGGAUAUACUUCCGAAGCACCUGUAGUGACCUCUGCUUAUCGACCAGUUCAGCACAUUUAUAUUCCUUUCAUCUGUUUAUUGUUAUUUUUACUCGAGCGAAUUUGGUGGUUCAUGCUCUCAAAUGUUAGCUGUUGGGCAGAUGGAUGCUAACCGGCAGAGUGCUUUCGUCCUAGGCAGUACACCGCUGGCAGCAUUGCACAACAUGACCGAGAUGAAGACGUCUUUAUUCCCCUACACUUUGCAGAAUCAUGCGGGCUUCAAGGCGCAUUCUCUCACUCAUUUGAAUUCACAGCUUGCCCUGGGGACACCACAUGGAAUUAGCGAUAUCUUGGGUAGACCUAUCAACUCAGCUGGACAGCUGCUCUCGGGAUUUCCAAGGAUAAACGGCUUGGCCGCCACCGCAGGAAUGUACUUUAACCCAGCGGCCGUUUCUCGGUACCCGAAGCCCCUGACGGAGCUCCCGGGGAGAGCACCAAUAUUCUGGCCUGGAGUGAUGCAGAGCUCCCCUUGGAGGGAUCCUCGAGUGCCCUGUCCUGGUAAGUUCGCUGUCUGGCUGUGUCGAGUGCAAAAUGUUUGAAUGCAUUUAUAUACAAUUUGUUUUUUCUUCCUGUAGGCUACUCAGAAAUGUUUUACUUUUUUAAUGCAGACAUCUGUUGAAUUUGUUGGGUAGCUUAUUUUAUGCUGCUUCUUGUAAAUAACUUAUAAUAACUUAACUUAUAAUAACUACUUAUACAUAAUGAUUUCGAUAGGCUUUCCAUUUAAAUUGGUAGCUUUUUAUAUUCAGUGUUUUAAUUAAUGUGCAAGCCUAGCUAUGUUAGUCCACACAAAGUCCCUCUCCAGGAGUAAACUCGUGAGAACUGUUUACUACUGAUGUUGAAAUACUAAUCACUGUUGUGUUUACAUAUUUUUGACUAGAAUCUUCAAUCUUUUUUGUAGCUCAAGCAAACAUGAUGCUCGACAAGGAUGGCAAGAAAAAACACUCCAGACCAACUUUUUCUGGACAGCAAAUUUUUGCAUUGGAGAAAACCUUUGAACAGACGAAAUACCUUGCUGGCCCAGAAAGAGCUCGACUGGCUUACUCUUUGGGAAUGACUGAAAGUCAAGUCAAGGUAUCUAUCAUUACUUGAGUUAUCUUUUGACAUGAAUUCAAAUGUAAUGAAGGCAUGAUUUAUAAAUGUUUAUUGUCUUAAAAUUAAUAUUGGCAUAUCUGGCCGUACUGUGCUGUAUUAUAAGUUAUUAUUAUUAUUAGCAUGCCUAUUACUAUUAUUAUUAUUAUUAUUAUUAGCAAUAUUGUUAACAUUACUGGUAUUAGCCUAUGUUGUUAUUAUGUUGUUAUUGUUAUGCAGUUAUUAGUAGGCUAACUUCAUGUUUAGCAAGGUAUUUUCUUGGCUCCAACUCAGAUAGUAAUGACUUUGAUAUUGGAAGAAUAAUUUCUACCAAUAAUACCAAGAAUAGCUUAUUUAUUAUUGUAUGUAUUAAGUGGCUAAUUGUAUGUUAUUGCUUCUCCCAAUAGGUAUGGUUUCAAAACAGGAGAACCAAAUGGCGGAAGAGACACGCAGCAGAAAUGGCAACAGCCAAAAAGAAACACGACUCUGAAACGGAGAAGAUGAAGGAAAGCUCGGACAAUGAGGACGAUGACGAGUAUAACAAACCUCUGGACCCAAAUUCAGACGACGAAAAAAUCACGAGACUUCUGAAAAAGCACAAGGCUACAAACAUUUCCCUGAUCAGUCCAUGCAGCAAUAGCUCGGACACCUUGUGAUGACAUUGACAACUUGUCGAGAAAAGACUCAAACACUCCAUGAUGCUUCUAAAGCUAAUUUAACCAGGGUAUAAAUUGUUCAAAAGGAGAGAAAGGGCGCUGAUGGGAGGUGUGAAUGAUUUAUGUUGUACAGACGAAAAUGUGAGAUGUAUAUAUUUUUUACUGAGUAAGUUAUGUUAUUAAACCAAUGUAAACAAGACAUGGCAGGCUUUCCCGCAAAUCCUGAUAAGCAUAUACCUUCUCAAUAUAAUAGCUUCAUUUUGUUAUAUAUUGCAGAAUAAUGUUGCCCAUCUCUCCACCUUUUACCAUUCUAAAUUCAUGGUACACAAUGUAUAAAUGCAAAUGUUGUAAAUUAUAAUGUAAAAAGCUUGUUUUGAAGAUCUAAACUCAGUUUCUUUUAUAAUUUGAAAUAAUUUGUUUCACCUCAUCAAACAAAAAUAGAGAACUGGAUCAUUGUUUAUGUUGGAAUAAGAGAGUAUUAUUGCUUCCACGAAGAUGGAAGAAAAAAAACUUUGUAUUAUAAAUAAAUUAUUUAACAAGCUUUUGUUUUUAAUAUGGAAUUUUGUUCCGCUUCACUGAAAUUACUCUUUAUUGAAUUAGGC